AUGGAGCUCGGGAGCUACGCAGAGCGCCAGAGGCAGCGCGACCCCCUCAACGUGGAGCAGGAGCCGCCGGCCGCGUUCAGCCAGCAGGCGGCGUCGCGCGCCAGUGCGCUUCGCUCAGCCUUCGCCGGCGGCUGGCUUGGCGGAGACACUCGUGGCGCGGACGCGCUGGCAGAAGACGCGGAAUUCGCCAUCUCGGGGUACUCGCCAUACGACGUCGCGUACCGAGGGCAGGCGUACGGAGACAGCGCACUGGUCGGGCGGGCUGGCACGGGUGGCUCAAAGACGAGUCGCGUGGCCUUCCUUUUCGUGGGAGUUCUCAUCGCAAUCUCGUCGGCCUACUUCCUUUUCCACCAAACUGCAACUCCGCACAUUGUCUCGACGAGCGAAGGCGACCCAUGCGUAGUUGACCGCUCACCCGGGUGCGCAGCGUACCCCUUUUACGACGGAUUUGACAGUGGUCUGGUGCGAAUGAUUGACGCAGACACGACGACGAAUAAUUUCCUAUUUCGUUCAGCGAUGCCGCUCGAUCCUCUAACUCACAAUCUCGCACUCUACAAGGCGCAGAUGGCGGUCGCUGAACAGGCUGAACGCAACGCGCUGCAGCUGCCUGCGCGCGCCAAAAUGCUCUUCUUCUCCUUCCAGUGGGACGGCUACAACGGCCCGCUGUUUGAGCGCUGCGAAGUCGCGAGAGAGGCCUGCCAGGCGCGCGCGGUCGCGGGCCUCGGGGCUGUUCACUGGCCGCUGUUUGGUCAGAACGUUAAUCCGUUCAGUCUGCCGGAGGAGACCCGAACCGAACUGGCUCGGACUUUCCCUGACUGGGACGUCGACGCGCUGGACCAGAAAGUUUCCCUGCUGCACCAAGUGGUGCACGUCUCGACCAAGGAGAACACGGCAAUCUUUACCACGGAGGACGGGCAGUCUCUCUUUGCUGCGCCUGCGGUCGCUCAGAGUGCGUCGGGGCUGGGGAAGGGCGCCAGCUCCGCGGGCUCGCCUGUGAACGAAGGAGCCGACGCGCAAGCCUCUGCCGCAGACGACGAUACCCCCGUCAUCGCCGUGAUCCACUGCCACCACGGGUCCGACCGAACAGGCGCCGCGACUGCGGCCUACAAAAUGCGGUACCUCGGGUUUUCCCUCGACGCAGUCUUUCGCGAGAACCGAGCGCUCGGGCAGCGCCUUCUCGAGAGCCUCUACGCGAUGAUGUGGUAUUGUCUGUAUCUCGAAACGGCGCUGGAGAUAAAAACCGCCGCGUGCCACGACGUCAUCGCCGCACACCCCGAUCUCGCCUUCGUGUCCAACGGCCACGCGCCGCAGACCCCGCCGGGUGUCCUGCCCCUGGUCCCCGUCCCCCCCUCAGUCCCGGGCCCGCGCCUCGUGGGCCCCGCCGGCGCGCAGGUGACCGCGCGGGCGCCGGCCGCGUCGAUCCGCGGGGCAGUCUCUGCGCGGCCAGAGCCAGCUGGCCCGAGCCCGAACGCGCCGCAGGCCCCGCCGGCAGCAGGUGGAGGAGGCGCGAGCGCCGCGCCGGAAACGACCGCAGCCGCAGGCGUGCGCAGCGCCAACGACCCCCUCGGGCCGCGAGGGCGAUGGAGCCCAGACGUGUCUGGCGGGCUCGCGGGCCAGCCCGCCAGCCAACCCGCUAGCCAGCCCACUAGCCAGCCUGUUAGUGGGGCCACGCCGGCGUCUGUGCAGACGCCGCAGCUCGCUUCACAGGGAGAGAGUCCGAGCGGGUAUUCCGUUGUGCUGCCUGACAAGUUUGCGAGCGAGGCACAGAGUCGAGGGGAGUCGCCCGAGCAGGCCGCGCUGGCAGCGCAGUGGGAGAGAAAGCCGAGCCUAGAAAAGCACGGUCCCCCUGUGCGGCCGUCGCUCGCGGAGGUGCCGCCUUUGGAGGCGAGCUCCUGGGGCGACUCCGCGGGGAAGGUGAACUGA